GUCCCGCGCGGCUUCCAUCGACCGCGACGUCGCCGCCGGCCGCGACCCAGGCCCGCUGGCCGGCGUCCCGGUCGCCGUCAAGGACAACCUGUGCACGGCUGGGCAGCCUACCACAGCCGCGUCGGCGAUCCUGGACGGCUUCUCCCCGGCGUACGACGCCACUGUCGUGGCUCGCCUGCUCGACGCCGGCGCCGUCGUGCUGGGCAAGACCAACAUGGACGAGUUCGGCAUGGGCUCGUCCACGGAGACCUCCGCGUACCACGCCACGAGGAACCCGUGGGACCUGCGCCGCGUGCCCGGCGGCUCAUCUGGCGGCUCGGCAGCCGCCGUCGCCGCGGGAGAAGUCCCGCUCGCGCUCGGCUCGGACACCGGCGGCUCCAUCCGACAGCCGGCGGCAUACUGCGGCGUCACGGGGCUCAAGCCUUCGUACGGACGUGUGUCCAGGCACGGGCUCCUCGCGUACGGGUCCUCGUUCGACACCGUCGGCCCGCUGUGCCGAUCCGUCGCGGACGCCGCGCUGGCGCUGCAAACGAUCGGCGGCGCGGACCGCAUGGACGGUAACACGACCAGCGCCGCCGUGCCCGACUACUUGCGCUCGCUGCCGGAGCAUGCAGACCUGUCCGGCGUCACGCUCGGCGUGGUACAGGAGGCGCUGGGCGACGGCGUAGACGCGGACGUGCGACAGCGCGUGGAGGAGGCCGUGGGUACAAUGCGACGGCUUGGCGCCACUAUUCGCCACGUGUCGCUGCCUGACCUGAGAAGCAUCAUGGCCGCGUACUUUGUACUCGCCUUCUCCGAGGCGUCGGCCAACCUGGCGCGGUACGAUGGAGUGCGAUUUGGCGCGCGCGCCGACAUGGCCGAGGACGCCGGCGCGAUGUACGCGCGGUCGCGUGCCGAGGGCUUCGGCCGGCAGGUGAAGAGGCGCAUCAUGGCCGGCACGUACACACUGUCGGCGGGGUACUACGACGCGUACUACGUGCGGGCGCAGCGCGUGCGCGGGAUGGUGAUGCAGCGGUUCCAGGGGCUAUUCGCGGGCGGUGUGGACGCACUGGUCAUGCCGGUCGCACCCACGCCCGCGUUCCGUAUCGGGGAGAAGACGGACGACGCUGUGGACAUGCUGCUGGAGGACGUAAUGACGAUCCCACCCAGCUUGGCUGGGCUGCCCGCUCUGUCCGUGCCAUGCGGCAUGGCUCGCGGCUUGCCGGUCGGACUGCAAGUGGUCGGGCCGUUUAUGCGCGAGGAGGCCGUGUUGCGGGUGGGGCAUGCGUUUCAGCUAGCAACGAAUUUCCAUGAGAGCGUUGCGGACGUGGCGAAGGGAGUGACAGCCGUCGGAGGGUGAUGGCCGUUUGAGGGUGACAGCCGUCAGAUAGUGACGGCUCAUAGUGGACAGGCGGGAGAUAUUUUGGGUGGAAUGAUCUUUUAUUCUCUUUGACUGACGACUGCGGGAGAGGGCAUGUCCGACGCGCUGGCAUGCAAUACCGGACACGACCGCUUUUCUUGUUGGUGGAGACGUGAAGGAGCGUUACCCGCAACAAAUUAGGGUGGAAAAGAGAGUGUUUUGUUGAUGUUGGCGUGCGACGGAUGGUAAAGACUGUAUUGCUAAGUACAGAGUCGAAUCAAGCAGUAGCAGCAAAUACGCUUUGUAAAUCUGCAGCAUAACUAACUACAGUAGAUCAAUGAUUAUGCUGGUAAGCUGUCCGGUAGGAA